AGUGAAUUUGGGUUGUUAGCUGGGUUUUUUUUCUUUUGAUUAGUAUCUCUUCAGGUUCCAUGGAGAAACCAGAGUUAUCAAAUCAGAGAAGUGAACGUAGACUCCCAACAUCAGCCAGAGCAGCACCUUGGCUUAUUAUCCCACAUGGAGAAAAUCGUAAGUUUCAAACUUUCUUUAACAUGUUUGAUCCUAUGAACAAAUCUUACAAAAAAUUCAUACCAGAAUUGAGUAGAAAAAGAUUUUGGCAAAAAAAUUCUCACCAAGGAUGGUUAAUUAUUGUGUGUGAGGAGGAUAAUGAUCCCAAUUUCAAUAAUGGAGAUUGUUUUCUAUGGAAUCCUUGUUCACUAGAUAUUAUUAUGUUACCUAAUUUAUACCAUUUUAAUCAACUAUAUAGAUGUCCUAUCAGAGAUUGUCUUUUGUCUUCACCUCCUGAUCAGAGCAGCAGUUGUGGUGGUACUGGGGAUGGGAUUGAGGGUAGUGGUAGUCAUAACAGGCAUAGAGGUAGUACUGGUGAUGAUUCAAAUGUUUAUAUCCUUUACUAUGACGGUGGAUCUCGCUAUAUUAUUCUUUAUUGUCACGCUGGUGAAAAACAAUGGAGAAAACAUGAGUAUGUUGAUGGAGAUCGAGAUCUUGAAUCAAUGUUUUAUUUUAAGGGCAAGCUAUAUAUAAUGUGUUGGUAUGGCCGAGUCUUGGAGAUAACAAUAACAAAUGGCGGUUCUGACAUUUGUGAUGAGGAGGAAGAGACACUCAGCCUCAGUAUAAGUAAAUUUAGUACAAAUGAGAACAGCAUAAUUUACUCAGAAAACGUAGCAAGACGUUUGGAUUAUUAUCACUCAUAUUAUUUGGAGUCUUUUGGUGAAGUUAUUAGAAUCGACAGGCAUUACAUUGAAAGAGGUGAUUAUGAGCACCUUGUAACCAAAAUACUUGUAUCGAGAUUGGAUUUCAAUUCAUUGACUUGGGAGGUAAUGAAAUCUUCGAGAGACCAUGUCUUCUUUAUAAGCUAUCUUGAUACUACUGAUGAUGAGCGCUAUAUUGUUCCUACUGAUAGCAAGCGCUAUCUUGAUACUACUGAUACGCGACUGUCUUGCUUGGCCUCAGACUUGGGUUUAUCAACGGGUUGUGUGUAUUUUACACUAAAAUGUGAUCUGAGCGUGUACAAGUAUGACCUGGAGGACGAAAGCGUUUCAGUUUCUUUACCAUGUCCUGAUGUACCAACACCAUGGUUGUCUCCCACAUGGCUAAUGAUUCCUACAUAUUCAAGGGACGAUGACAGUAGAAUAACAACAGACCUUACGCUAGGAAGUUUAAAGUAUGAAGACGUAGAAAAGGUUAUAAAGGCAACAGAAAACAAAACUAGCACUGUAGAUGAGGAUGACGAUAAAGAGGAUAUUAAAGAAGCAGGACUAUUGAUCAAGCUUAAUGAUGAUAUAGUAUGGGCUAUGUCAAGUUUUCUUCAUAGAGUGGAUUGUAUACAUUUACGUGUCGUUAGUAAAAAAUAUCGAUCAGUAAUAGACCUGAGAAGAUACUCUUCUGCUAGAACAGUAAAGAACACAGAUACAUCCCCAUGGCUGUUUUUCCCUAAGAACGAUCGAUCCAUUUUAAAUUUCGUAAACCCAAUGCACAAUAAUGAGAACUACUUCUUGAACAUCCCUAAGUUGCUGAAAGGUUCUAGAAUUCGGUUCUCGAAAGGUGGAUGGUUGCUCAUGUCGACAAAACGCAAGAUUUUGUUCUUCUAUAAUCCAUUCACAAAAUCAACUGUCAGACUUCCAAACUUGCCAGAUAUUUCUGACUUCACAGGUAUCUCAUUCUCGUCCUUACCCACUUGUUCUGAUUGUCUAGUUUUUGCCAUCAUUAAAGAGUUAAUCGUGGAUCAAGUUCGUAUCUUUUUUAUAAAGCGGGGAAAUAAAGACUGGUCAUAUGAUCUGUACGAUAACGUUUAUUUGCCUUCCAAUAAGAUAAACCUGAAGUUCGAGCUGACUCUCAACAAUCCAGUUUUCUACCAAGGAAGAUUCUACUGCGUAGACAACAACGGAGCAUUAGGAGUAUUUAACUACGAACACUCAAACAUGAGUUGGGAAAUUCUAUCCAUGAUAACCCCGCCUAAUUGUGGAUUUAUCUAUAACAGUUAUUUGGUGGAGUGUGAAGGAAAACUUCUGUCUGUGUUGUUAGGACGUCUAGGACAUUGGGUUCGUAUUUAUAGACUGAACGAAUCUAUGAUGGUCUGGAUUGAAGUUAAACAUUUGGGGAAGCAUAUGUUGUUUCUUAGCAGUACAUCUUGUAUCUCAGCAAUUGCUCCAACUAGUCAAAUGGAGAACAAGAUCUACUUUCCGAGGUUGCAUAACGAAGAAAUAUUAUAUUAUUCUCUUGAAACCGGUAUGUAUCACUCUGUUGGGAGUAAUCAUUCUGCUAAAGAUUUUCAUGAUUCCAGGGAGAAAUUACAUUGCAGUUGGAUAGAACCUAAUUGGUCAGAGAUCUCAGAUCACUAUCUCGAUUGGCUUAACAUCUAGCUACAUUCUUAGCCUCCUCUUGCAUUUCUAUUUUCCUGUCCUGUAACAGAAGUAGUUUCUGAUUUAUAUGUAUUCUGCAUGAACUAUGAUUUCUUUUAAGAUGGUCAGUGACUGCAUUUGCAUGUUUAUCAUCUGAAUGCUGAAAUCCUACUGUCUGGAUGCUUAUAGUUGUUA